CGCUGCGUGCUCACUGUGAACACCGCGCCUCCGGGAUGCACUCGCUGGUGCCGCUGCUCUUCGCUGCAGUUGCAGUGUGCGCGCGCCCUCCCGGGCCAACGCAAACACCGGACCCGCCGAUAUCGCAGUCCCAGCAGGUGGUCUCCAAGAUCUCCCAUGGCCUGCUCGGGGACUACUCGCUGCCUCGCAUCCUCAUCCCCCAGUAUCUCGGCUACGAAGGCAGCCCUCGGCUUGCCUUACCGCCACGCGAUGAUUGGCUCAAUAAGGAAAUAGAUAGAAUCAAUGGGAUGGAGGAGCCGUCAGAUGCUAUGGGCACAUACGAGAAGGAUAUCGCGCGGAUGAUCGUAGACGAACCAUACUUCAUGAAGAUGUUCGUCAGCCCGGUGAUGGAGCGAAUGCAAGCCGACAUCCCCGACCCGCGCCCCAACGAACCGCUGCCACCCAGUGCCUUGAUCCAGGAAAACCCUACGGAGACCGACACAAAACCCCAGGAGAAUGCUGAAAACGACAAAGAAGAGAUGCCGAAAGAUUUCGCUUACACGCCAUACCAGACGGGAUACUUUGCGCCGUACUCUACCAAAGCCGCCUAUAAACCUGAUAUGAAAAUCGGAGGUUUACCCGAAAGCGGUUACCAACCAUCCGUGCAAAUUGAAAAGCCUAGGCAAAUACGACAGAACCCAAAUCUAAGUCGCACUAAAACACUAAUCGCCGAAAAUUUAGAUAAAUUGAGAAUCGGGCUGGCUAAUAAACAAUAUAGGAUUCCCGUGUCGUUAAUGCCAUCUAAUCUACGGUGGUUAAAAAUUAGUCCUACAGAAUCUGACGAGGAAAGCUCUGGUGAUGAUUCUGGAACAACGGAUAAAUCUAUUCAUUUGAUGGAACCCGCCACAAUGGAAACUGACCAUUCCAUUUACGGAGUGGCAGUCAUAACCGCUACGACAACUAUUGUCACUCUGGUUAUAAUUUCGCUUGGAUUCGUCUGGUACCAGAUGUCUAAGAAAGCUAAGAUGGCCGCUGACGUGGACUACCCGGCCUACGGGGUGACCGGGCCCACUCCCGACAUGUCCGGGGAUCGCAAGCUGGCCCACUCGGCCCACAUGUACCACUACCAGCACCAGAAGCAGCAGAUCAUAGCCAUGGAAAGGAACGGGAUGGAGCAACGCAGCGGAUCGGUGUCUGACCCUGAAUCUGAGGAGGAGAACGAGGAGGGCGACUACACUGUCUACGAGUGCCCUGGAUUUGCCACGACUGGUGACAUGGAGGUGAAGAACCCGAUGUUCACCGAGGAGCCGACCCCGGCCACCCCCGGCAAGUGCGAGAUAGUGAAACCGCAGCCCAAGGAUUAACUGGCCCUCGCCGCGCCAACCCCGCGCGCGCCUGCCCUCGCGCCGAACCUCCUCCAACCCUGGCGCUACAUCCUCGUGCUACUCUUCAAAAUCAUCUCUUUCUUCAUCCCUGGAUUCUAAUUUUACCCUCACUGUGUGCCACGAUCUAUCACCUACAAAAUCCCCAAUGGACAAUUAAACCUAGCAAUUAACAGUUCAAUUGACAAACACCGAGUUAAAACCACUGCAUCCACACUUAGACCACAUGUUCGUAUUUCGACGACAUGUUAAGCACGUUUUCGGAUCCAAAAUGGUUUGUUAGUUAGUAACUAAUGAAAACGUCAGUUUAAGCAUCGUGUUUAGGUGAGCUCAACUUAGAGCGUUUAAAGCGGAUUUAACAUGUUUAGUAGUCAGGUAAAUGUAGUAAGAUCUCAAUAAUGAUGACUCGUCCAUCAACACCGAGAGCAUUCUGUAACGAUCAAAGACUUCAACCUCCGCUUUCUAUUGACAAAACCCCUUCAGCUAUUCUUAAUGCCGUUAAAAUGGCGUAAAGAGUUAGAUGCAUUUACAUACAAAUAAGACCUAAAAUCUGAAACGGCUUACAGUGUCACCAUUAAGAUAUGAAAAUACUUUACAUUUCAACUAGUUUUUAUUACCUAUCACAGUUGUUUCCACGGACUAAUAAAUCGGACCAGUCGAGGGUCUGACUGACACCGGCAAAAAGGGUACAUAACUGAAGUAACAGAUCUCGACUCGUAGUUUAAAGUAAUAAUUCUCACAUACGAUUCCGGGAACAAAACUUUUAGCUUUGAUGUGGUUGUGCAGACAACAGGCAAUUCGCGUGUUGACAUGGCAAAAAGAUCUUUUAGGUGGUCGAUCGCAAACAGAACUGCGGACCGUACAUAGGCCAGUAAAAACAAGCCGAAAUCCAAUCCGUGCACGACACCUGCCCAUGACAAACAAAGGGCCCAUUUUCCCGGCCCUCGUCUGUUAUCUGCGCUACUCGAUCCAUUUUGGUAACUAUUAUUACUACCCGUUAUUUUACUCGGCCUAUAUUGAAUAUCAUCGAGCGCAUUAUAUUUAGCGCAUACUUAGCUUAACAAUAUGGAUAUCGUCAAUAUAGAAUAAUAAAUUACAAAAAAAAUCUAAAAAUAACCGGAUGCAAUGGUAUAUUUGAAAGAGCAUAAUAAAUUGGGAAGUGUAAAAUGUGCAAGAGCAGAAAUAACUAAAUUGGACAGGGGUAAGUAACGCGACAUCUGUACGUGUUACUAUGUAAACGAAUAUUAAAGCACGCUCGACGAAACUAACUAAAGAGUUAAAGACCUAAUCGUGGUAUUCGUGGUGUCUGGAAUUGUGUUGGAUCAUCCCAUUUUCGUAAAAUGUUCUGCAACUUGAGAACCUGGGAAAGUUUGUUUAGUAAAACAGUGUGUUGGCAAACUCCAUACUCAUACAUAGCAACUAUGAUAAGCAACCAAAUUAUACGAAUAUCUAAAGAAAUAUAUUAUAAUUACUAAAGGAUUUAAAUAAUUUUGAUUUGUAUAUCAUAUUAUUAAUAUUAUAUUUAUAUUUACACGUAACUAUACAUUAUCCUGAUACAUAUCUUAUCGAUUCUGCCACGGAAGUGUAUAUAGAGUUCAAGUUACCUACUUACCCGUACUGAAUUGUUAGCUAAAUAAUGUUUAUGUAAUGAAAUCUCGAUUUAUUCUGUAAGCACAUUACCAAAGAACUAAAAGUUUAAGGCCUUACAAAGUUGAGUUUACUCUAUUAUGUAUCUCUAUGAAGUCUUUGGCAGCAUAUUUGCAGGCUCACAAAACGCAAUAUAGCGUUCGAAUUAAACGGUCAUUGUUAUAAAAACUGAUAAAAAUAAGUAAUAGUAUUUAGAAGGAAGUAUUUCAAGAUUUUCUGCACUAUAUUAUGAUGCAUACACACUAAUGCAACUAUGUAUUCGUAUAGUCAAUGUUACCAAAGAUGAAGACAGUAGAGAAACAUAAUAUCACACUAUUAACAGUGUAAGUAGGUACUAUUUAAGGAAAUACACAUUUUAUCAAUGUUUAAGAAGUAGAUCUGAUUACAUUACUCGAAAAAUAUUUAAUGGAUGUUAAAUGUAUUUUAAAGCUACUAAUUCUAAUAGUUGAUUACUGCAUUUCAAGAUAAAACCAGAUUCUAAAUAUCUAUGCUGAAAUAGUUAAGAAUUUAAGACUCCAAAGAACUUAUGUUACGUAACAGAAUAUAUAUUAUAUAAUAUUGUGUCUCAUAUGACCGGUCAGGUCUGACCUGACAGUAGCGAAUUAUUUUUUGAAUCAUUUACGUGUUAAAGUAAUUAUAAAUAGAGAUCUCAGUCAAUUGAUAUUGACACUCUCACUGUGCCACAUAGUAGUUGCAGAAAAUAGGAAUUUAUUGAACGUUAUGUAGCUUCACCAAAUACAGCCAUAUUUACAACUUAUGAUCACAGUAAUAGAUAUGAUAAUAAAACAGAUUCUAAAUAUACGCACAUCAGAGUUGAAUAUAUUUAAAUAGA